GAUCAGCUGCCUAAACGGACCACAUCACUGCUCGAUCAAUUGACGUCGAAAGAAAAUUACAAAGAAAGAUGUUUGUGAUUUUCUCUAAACAGGUGCUAGCCAUAGGCCUGCUUUGUAUGAUGUUUUCGGUCGUGAUUUCUAAGCCAAAAAAGAAGCAAAAGAAGCCGACAUGCUCCGAGCGUGUUAAUAAUGCGAAGAUGAUGAUCAGAAACCUACCAGUCCUCGAGGAGGAAUGUAACGCUACCUUCAACCUGAACAAAAUACCACCACCAGUUAAUGUCAAUGCUGUGUGGACGACCUAUGUGAGAUGGGGGAGAACUGUAUGCCCUGACACCGCUGAGUUGUUUUACGAAGGUAUAGCAGGUGGUUCAAGCCAUAGCCACAGUGGAAGCGGAGCAAACUACGUCUGUUUGCCGAAGAAACCCGAGUGGGGAAAAAUUAUCGCUGGUCUCGGCGGUAGUGGAGCGUAUAUGUAUGGAGCCGAAUAUGAGUUAACUUCAGGUCACAGCAACCCUUUCCUCGCAACGAAUGCCCCUAAUACAGGAAAUGCAGAUUCGCUUCACGACAAUGACGUCCCAUGCGUAGUGUGUCAAAUCCCAAGGGGAGUUUCGAUGGUGCCGGCCAGACACUCAUGCCCAACGGGUUGGACAUUGGAGUACAAAGGCUAUCUGGUGGCUGAUCACCACACUCACCCUCGCAGCGCAGUCUUUGAAUGCAUGGAUGAGGCUCCAGAAACAACUCAAGGUGGUCAUGCAAGCCAAAACGGUGCACUUUUCUACUCUGUCCAAGCAGUAUGUGGAUCGCUGCCCUGUCCCGACUAUAUACAAGGCGGGGAGCUUACGUGUGCUGUCUGUUCCAAGUGAACUUUACAAAAGUGAUUGAAAAGUAUGUUUCAUUGUCUCGUAACAUUAGAAAAGAAUAUGUCAUCAAAACCAAUCUAAAAAAUAAAACUUAUACAUCUUUGGACGAUUAAAAACGAAUUCAAAAGGAAAGUACAUCAUUACACAUUCCAGUGAGCGAAACGUAAUUGUGAAAUGAUACGAUGCAAUUUGUUUUAAGAUUGCUGCUUGCAAAUUAUUUCUCUAAAGAGAUCAGAAAAUGAAAUUAUUGCAUUAAAUGAAAAUACGCGUUU